AUGGUUUUCAAAGUUGAUUUUGAAAAGGCCUACGAUACUAUUAGUUGGGAAUGUCUUCUUAAAAAUUUGAAACUCAUGGGUUUCCCAAAUAGAUGGAGAAGAUGGAUAGAUGUUUGUCUUAAGUCGGGGAGGGCGUCGGUUCUUGUUAACGGCUCUCCAACGGAGGAAUUUCCUUUAGGGAGAGGCUUAAGACAAGGAGACCCAUUAUCUCCGUUCUUAUUCAUUAUUGCUUUGGAAAUUCUCGAUAUCUUUAUGAAAAAAGCUGUCGAAGGAAAUCUUUUUAGAGGUAUCACUUUCUCGAAUGGGGGUCCAACUAUUUCUCAUCUUUGUUAUGCAGAUGAUGUCGUUUUUAUGGGAGAAUGGUCUAAGCUAAACUUAAAAAAUCUAAACCAGAUUCUGAGAGUUCUAUUUUUAGUCACCGGUUUGAAGGUGAAUAUGAAGAAAAGUCGUUUAUAUGGUGUGGGCGUAAGUGAAGAUAAAGUAGAAAGGAUGGUUUUGGAUACGUUGGAAGGGAUUAGACGGAGUUUUGUUUGGGGUAGUAAAGGGGGUAAAAAGAAGAUUAAAUGGGUCUCUUGGAAUUGUAUUACUAAGCCUAAAGACAGAGGGGGUCUUGGAUUAGGUGACUUACAAAGUUUGAAUUGGGCGCUUACGGCUAAAUGGUUCUGGAGGUUUAAGAAUAAUGAUGAUGCGCUUUGGGUUAAGGUUGUUCAAGCAAUUCAUGGUUCGGAUUUCAAUAAUGAUUUGGUCCCGGUUAAUAACCAAGUGAACGGUAUAUGGAAAGAUAUAGUUUCGGUCAAUAAAAAUUGUAUUUCUAUGGGGAUGGAUAUAAGGGAGAGCUUGUUGUUCAAAGAUAAUAAAUGGAUUUGGGCUGGUUACAAAGAAGAUUUGUUCACUGUUGCAGAAUUUAUGGACAAGAUAAUGAAGAAGAAAAACGAUGGACCGAAUGACAUGGCUUUUAGAUGGAAUAAUUGGUUACCUCCAAAAGUUAAUCUCUUUUGUUGGAGAGCUUUCAUGGGUAAAAUUCCGUCUAAGGUGGGGUUGGUUCGUAGAGGUGUCCAAAUUGGAGAUCUUGCGUGUAGUAGUUGUGGUUUGGAAGAAGAGGACUCGGAUCACAUUUUGUUUUCGUGUAUGUGGGCGAAAGCAAUUUGGUGGAAUGUUUGGAAUUGGUUAAAAUUAAACGGGCCCGACCCGUCGUCUAUAGGAGCUAAAGCUAUUCAUGCGGUUAAAUCUCUUAAUGGAUCAAACCAGUGGAAACGAUUAAUUUAA